GGCAGGGAGCGGCGGAGCCCCGCCGGGGUGCGCCAAGAUGCUGUCCUACAGCGUGCUGGACGCCAACGUGGUGGAUGUCGAGAAGCGGAGGAACCCCUCGAAGCACUACGUCUAUAUCAUCAAUGUAACAUGGUCUGACCUGACUUCCCAGAUCAUCUACCGAAGAUACAGCAAGUUCUUUGACCUGCAGAUGCAGCUUCUGGACAAGUUCCCUAUUGAAGGAGGCCAGAAAGAUCCCAAGCAAAGAAUCAUUCCUUUUCUACCAGGCAAGAUCCUGUUCCGGAGGAGCCAUGUGCGAGACGUAGCAGUGAAGAGGCUGAAGCCCAUCGACGAGUACUGCAGGGCACUGGUUCGGCUUCCUCCCCACAUUUCACAGUGUGAUGAAGUCUUCAGGUUCUUCGAGGCUCGCCCAGAAGACCUUAACCCUCCAAAAGAGGACUAUGGAUCUUCAAAGAGAAAAUCAGUUUGGAUGUCCAGUUUGUCUGAGACUCCAAAAAAGAGUGUCACUCCAGGUGCUGAUGCUAGCUCUGAACCCAUGAUCCUGGAGCAAUAUGUGGUGGUGUCCAACUAUGAGAAGCAGGAGAACUCUGAGAUCAGCCUGCAGGCUGGAGAGGUUGUGGAUGUCAUAGAGAAAAACGAAAGUGGUUGGUGGUUUGUGAGCACAGCCGAGGAGCAGGGAUGGGUCCCUGCUACAUACCUGGAGUCCCAAAAUGGAACCAGAGAUGACUCUGACAUCAACACAUCUAAAUUUGGAGAAGUUUCUAAGCGACGCAAGGCUCACCUGCGGCGCCUGGACCGGCGAUGGACGCUGGGCGGGAUAGUCAACAGGCAGCAGAGUCGAGAAGAGAAAUAUGUCACCAUCCAGCCGUAUGCCAGCCAGGGGAAGGAUGAGAUUGGGUUCGAGAAAGGGGUCACCGUGGAGGUCAUCCAGAAGAACCUGGAAGGAUGGUGGUACAUCAGGUAUCUGGGCAAAGAAGGCUGGGCCCCAGCUUCCUAUCUGAAGAAGGCUAAAGAUGAUCUUCCAUCUAGGAAAAAGAACUUAACUGGGCCAGUGGAAAUCAUAGGAAACAUCAUGGAGAUCAGUAACCUGCUGAACAAGAAAUCCUCAACUGACAAGGAGUCUCAAGUAGAAAACGAGUCUGCAGAAACUCAUAUCACCAAGAAAGAAAUCAGUUUGCCCAUCCUGUGCAAUGACUCUAAUGGCAAUGCCAUGAUGACUUCAGACAAGCAGGCUUCCAAACUGGCCCAGGGAUCCCCAGCCAUAGCAAGGAUAGCACCACAAAGAGCUCAAAUAAGUUCUCCAAAUCUAAGAACAAGGCCACCCCCACGAAGAGAGUCCAGUCUGGGUUUUCAGUUACCCAAGCCACCAGAGCCACCCUCCGUGGAAGUUGAAUAUUACACCAUUGCUGAAUUCCAGUCAUGCAUCUCUGAUGGCAUAAGCUUUCGUGGAGGACAAAAAGCUGAGGUGAUUGAAAAGAAUUCUGGUGGCUGGUGGUAUGUGCAGAUUGGAGAGAAGGAAGGGUGGGCUCCAGCAUCUUACAUUGACAAGAGAAAGAAACCAAAUCUGAACAGAAGAACCAGUACUUUAACCCGCCCAAAGGUUCCUCCCCCAGCACCUCCCAGUAAACCAAAAGACUCUGAAGAAGGAACAGCUCCUGGAGCAGUUUCUUCAGGAGACACCCAGGACUCUCCCCACAAGCUGAAAUAUGAAGAACCUGAGUAUGAUGUGCCUGCUUUUGGCUUUGACUCGGAGUGUGAAGUGAGUGAAAGUCACCAUGAAGACAGCACUCCUGAAAAACGACUGUUUCAGCCCCUCAAACCCUCACCUGUGUCAUCACUUCAGAAAACUAAGUUCAAAGUAGGAGAGUCUUCAGAAGAAGUUGCUCACGAAGAAGAAACCAUCUAUGAGAAUGAGGGGUUCAGGCGUUAUGUGGAAGAUGGUUUGUCCAAUAAGGAAUCUAGUGGGGAUUCUGAUUCACAGAAAAGCUCCUCUCUGUCCUUGAUCCGAAGGAAUUCUCCGUGUUCCAGCUCUCCUAAAUCAUCACUCGUGAAGCUCAAGACAGACAAAAACAUUCAGCCUGAUCUUGGAAAGUGUCACUAUUCCAGGAGUGAGGAGACAAAACCAAGAUCAGCUUCAGAUGUUGGCUUACGUAGUGUGCCAAGAACAGGCAUGAAGAAAGAUCCCGGGCAGAGUCCUUCCAUCAGAGCAAAGCCAAUCGUUAGGCCCAAACCCUUCCUGAGCAAGGCAGACUCCCAGAGCCAAGAAAAGAUGGAUAUUAGCACUUUAAGGCGUCAGCUGAGGCCGACUGGGCAGCUCAGAGGUGGGCUCAAAGGUUCAAGAAGUGAAGAGUCUGCAAGCCCCCCCUGCACAGCUUCUGAGAGCCAGGAUGACCCUGUUCGGAGAAGCUCGGCUGAUCUCAUCACAGCUCCUUCCCGUGGCCUCUUCUGCUCCAGCCAUACUGCCAAAACUGAGCAAGAAAAUGACUCCAGAUGUUUCUAUGUGACCACUGACUCAUACCAAAAGGUACAGGAUUCUGAAAUUUGCUUUCCAGCAGGAGUAGAAGUGGAAGUGCUGGAAAAGCAAGCCAGUGGAUGGUGGUACCUGAAGUAUGGAGACAUGGAAGGCUGGGCUCCUUCCCAUUAUUUGGCUCUCCCUGAUAACCAGCAAGAAACUACAUCAGCAGAGACUGAUUCCUCUUUUGCCAGGAACAGGAAAAAUGAAAACAAGUCAAACAGUUUAGAGAAGAUAGAGAAGAGGGUUCAGGCUUUGAACACCAUCAACCAGAGCAAACGUGCAACACCACCCAUCCCAAGCAAACCUCCUGGCGGCUUCUCGAAAGCCUCAGGCCCAGUUAAAAUGAGGAAUGGUGUGAGGCAGCUCGCUGUCCGUCCGCAGUCAGUGUUUGUGUCUCCACCACCAAAGGACAACAACCUGUCGUGCUCCUUGCGGAGAAAUGAGUCUCUAACAACUACAGAUCAGCUUAGGAGCGUCCGCAGGAAUUCCUCCUUCAGCAACGCCUGGGCACAGCCUGGUGACACGAAGGGAAAGCAGCCGGAGCGGCCGGGCACAGAGAGCUCUGAGAGCACCUCCAACCUCCCCACGCAGAGGAAUGGGAUCCCUGUGUCCACAGUCAGGCCAAAGCCCAUCGAGAAAUCCCAGUUCAUCCACAACAAUCUCAAGGACAUCUAUGUUUCCAUUGCAGACUAUGAAGGGGACGAGGAGACUGCGGGGUUUCAGGAAGGUGUCUGCAUGGAGGUGCUCGAAAGGAACCCAAACGGCUGGUGGUACUGCCAGAUCAUGAAUGGUGUGAAGCCAUUCAAAGGCUGGGUGCCCUCAAAUUAUUUGGAGAAAAAGAACUAAUAUUGCAAUAUCUUUAACCUCCCUAAUUUAUACUGUUCCUGCUGUGUACAUGUGGAAAAAAACAAUUGCUACACAAAAAGACGUUUCCCUGUGCUACAGUUUGUACAAAGGAGUCUCUAAGAGGACAAAUCUGCCAUGUUCUGGAGAGGUUUGUGGGGUUUACGUGUUCUAAGCAACUACAAGGAAGAUGCAGCAUAGUCAAAUGCCUUUUUGUGAAGUUGUUAAUAAUCUUGUAUAUGUAACAGGGUAUGACAUCCCAUCCUUCCCAUUAUUGAUAGGAAACCAAAUGUGUGCCUUUUGUGAGAGAAAUACACAUGCAUCUACCUGGGGAGUUCUGUGCCAAACUGUUUUACAAUCUUGGCUCCCUUUCUCCUCAUUUUCCUCAUAUGUGGAAUACCCAAGAAUACCCAAGAAUUUUGAAUGCUUUUCCACAACUUACAGAGUGAGAAGCAAAUGCAAGUUUCUGAAACAUGGAGGGACUCUAAUCCUUUGGAGAUGUUCUUUUUUUUUUUUUCUUUUUUUUUUUUCCACUAUGCUCAGCAGUUGGUAGGUCCAGAGUUGGAGCCUUUUCAUCAUGGAGAGUUUUGGUGUCUGUCUUCAGUGUUGUUACAGAUAACUCACCAGAAAAGGCCAUCAGGUGGUGUGGGUUGGGGGCUUUUUGUUUCCUUUCAUUCUGUCUCGUUCUUUGAGUUGGGAUUUCAGGUGUUCAAGGGCAGUGAUGCCUACUGGUGCUUGUAAAAACAAACCUACAAACCCCUUGCUUAAGCACAUCUGUUACUGUGCAGGCUUCAUGUUUGGUUCUGUGCCUGACUCCUGCCAGGUGAUACUGGUUGAUUCUCUUCCCAGAGUUGGGAUUCUCAAAAGUUAUCAAAGACAACAAUGUCCCUUAAAACACUCAAGAUAAAGCUGUCAGAUGUGUUAAUUCUUGUUUUGCCCUCUGGUCCAAAUCCAAGGGUGCUGACUGCUGGCAGGGCCCACCAAGAUAUUAGUGAGAAAUAUUUGAAACCUUCUGCAACAUCAGUGUUUACAAUGAGUGGGGAAAAAAAAGCCAUCAAACUCAGUCUGCACAUAAUUUGUAUAUUUUUGGGGAAUUGCUUUUCUGUUUUGUUUUUGUCUUUUCUGUGCAUUCUGGGUUUACUGUAUUUUCUUUGUGUGUGUGUCUGGUCUUACCAAAAAAGACUUAAAACUGAGGUAUGAGACAAAACACAUGUUUCUGUUCCCACUUGAAUCCAAAGAGUACAUUUGUACUGGAAAGUGGGCCUGGGCUUCUCAGACUCAGAGAUUUAAUAUCAAAGCAAUUUGGUCUACAAUGCAUCUAACCAGGAAGCUGCCUCUUCUAGUUCCAGUUCUGUUUGUCUUUCUUAACUCAUGUUAUGAAAUGUGGCGCACAGUAUGGGUGGUGUGGGAAAUGGAAGAGGUGUCCAUUGGAAAAGGCUAGGAAUAUGGAGUUAUUGUGAGGUAGCCUUGUACUGUAAACAUAAAUUUACUAAAUCCCUACUGUGCUUAAGGAAGUCAUGCUUGGGGUUUUUUAUUAAAUGGCCUUGUUAAUCACUCAAGAGCAAUAUCUAAUUCCUUUAAAUAAUAGACAGCAUUGUCAAUCUGUUCUAAGGGGAGGGCAGACCAUUUCACUACUGGUUUACACAAAGCAUUGCAUGUCCUUUUUUCCACCAGUUUCAUAUUGAUUUGGCUGAAGUUAAAGGUUAUAAAGGCUUCAAAAUAGCUGGGAUCAAGGGGCUGAGUAAAACAGCACAACAAUACCGUAUGUUACUGGGGAUGUUUCACUGCCAAAAAAAAAAAAAUUAGGAAAUUUAUAUGUUGUUGUCUUUUUCCUUUUUUUCC